AUGGCAGACAGUGUUCUCGUUAGGACUCGGAAGUUUAUGUCCAAUAGACUUCUUUCUAGAAAGCAAAUGAUAUUGGAUGUCUUCCAUCCCGGACAACCUGUCCUGUCCAAGAAGGAAAUUCGGGAACGUCUAGCUAAAAAGUACAAGACUACACCUGACGUCGUGUUCGCCUUUGGAUUUCGCACUAAAUUUGGCGGUGGGAGGUCUUCUGGUUUUGUUAAUAUUUAUGACUCCCUUGACUAUGCAAAGCGAUAUGAGCCUAAAUUUCGUCAAGCGCGGAAUGGUCUCAUAUCUAUUGAAAAAGGAUCGCGUAAACAACGAAAAGAAAAGAAGAAUAAGUUAAAGAGGAUUCGUGGUACGGCGAAGGCUGACGAUGUUGAAAAGAAGAAGAAGAAGAAGAAAUAG